GUGAUGUGACGAACCAAGAGACUCAAGUUCUGGAUGAUAGUUUGCUGGACAAGGUUGCAGCCGACAUGAGCAAGGAAGUUGAUGCCAAGGAGAAGGCAGCUGCUGCUGCUCAUGUGUAUGAUGACAAGGCCCCGGAGCGAUUUGCCCAGAAGCGACUCCGCAGCGCCACGAUGGAGUUGCAGCCAAGCAAAGUGCCCAGAACUAGUUCCGUACCGAUCAAGAAAGAGCCGGUUCCUGUCAAGAAAGAGCCGGUUCCUAUCAAGGCAAAGCCUUUGGUAGAGCCACAGCAGAAGCCUUUGAAAGAGCCACCACAGAAGCCUUUGGUAGAGCCACAGCAGAAGCCUUUGAAAGAGCCACCACAGAAGCCUUUGGAAGAGCCACUGCAGCUGAAGCCAAUCAAGAAGGAGCCUGGGGUUAAGGAAGAGGUUGAGGAAGAUGAGGAUGGUCGUUCAGGGACUGUUUCCACAGUGAAGCCCUUGGAGCCCCAAGGUCCUUCCAUGCAACAUGGAGCGGAUUCCGACUGCCCUGAUGAUGCUCAGGGCCCAAAGGAUGCACCGAAUGAUGAGCUGGCACGACCUGCUCUUCUAGCCACAGCUGGUGUUGUGUCGCCAAGUGACCAGCUACAGCUGACGAAGCCGAAGGGUGGCAAGAAGGACAAAAAGCCCAAAAAGACAUCCCCCAAGAAGGCUACAAAGGAGGCGGAGGCAGAGGUUGAACCGAAGAGAAAGCCAGGUCCUUCAUGGGCUGUGAUGGGGAAGCUUACUUGGACCUGUCACGACAAGGAUCUCUGGACCCUGGACUACCGCACCAUUCUGUUCCUCAGCCUGAACAUUGCUGGAGCGGCCGCUGUUGCUGGGAAUCUCGAUGAGCAGGUACUGAUAGCUGUGAUGCUGCUGCUGCUAUGGUCGACGAAUCUACCGCAGGCCAAGUCGUUUGAUCUUCUCGACCUGUUUUCCGGGGUCGGCAAUGCCAGCAAAUACUGGAAGUCCAUGGGAAAGACAGUUGCGACUAUUGAGAUUGAUCAGAGCGCCUCCAUGGAUUUUCUCUCCGAUGCUGGCUUUUCGCUUGUGUUGUGGUGCAUUACUCGAGAGAAGAAGACGGCUGUGAACUUGAUGGGGCCGUCGUGUUCCUCCUGGGGGGAAGCCUACGCAAGCGUGUCGUCAGCGAAUGUGAUGAUCAGACGGUGGAUGGACUCUGAUGGUGUCGAGCGCUUCGCGGGAACGAGCAGCCUCAAGGAUGCCGGGGUCUACCCGAUGGAGUUUGUCAAGCAAAUCUUCGAUGUUUUUGCUACAGGCCAUGCACCUGAAUCAUUGGCUUCCCUACGCAACAAGACCACUACCAAUCCCGACUUAUCCGAUGUGGAGUUGUUCAAGGCCCUACCAAUGAAGGACAUGUGGGAAGAUGCCAAGCUGCCCUCAGUGUAUUUCUACUUGAGACGAAACAAGUACCUCGUGAUACCUUCUUGUUGGGAAUCUACGAUCGAGAGCUUUGAUAAAGAACUGGAUGCCAAGGUGAACUGCUUUGCUGAGCUCAGGGACGAGUACAACUCUUUACUUAGCUAG